CCUCCAAGACCAAAAGAAAAAAUGUAGUUAUAGUCGAAGUUAGGUACACAGAAAACGCCAAGAUAUUAAAGACAAUACCGACCAUGAUAAAUUUACAACUGAAUUAAGCUUGUAAGGGACCUUGGAUGAGCCACUGCAUUCUUGGACUGCAGCAUCAAGCUAGGAUCUACAUGAAGCUUUGUCUCUGCAAUAAUCUUCUGAGAAAGAUUUCACCUGCACAACUACCAGAUUUGCUAGGUUGGAGACUUUCCUCAUUCAUGUUAUUAUAAAUUAUAUGCCUUGUAUCUUCAAGAAAAUGGAUAAAUAGAUGCAUAGAAAUAGAAAUGCAAGUCAGAUAUGGGGAUAAUGUUUGGUAAAUAUUUGAGUUUCUGCCAUUCAGAGCAUGCAAGUUCAUCUAAGAAGCCGUAUCCAUCAAUAAUUGAAGAGCUAUGCCCUCAGUUUUCUCUAGAAGAUCUUAGGAAAUCAACCAACAACUUUGAUGCAAACCAUUUAACUGAAAUAUCAGCAUAUAAUAGAGUAUAUAAAUGUUUUAUCAAACAUAAUGGUGCAAGUGAUUUCACAGUGGCAUUGAAGAGGUUGAAUCGCGAGACCGACCUAUGGAAGUUCAAGAAGGAAAUCGAGUUCCACUUCCAACUUCACCAUCCAAAUUUAGUCUCCCUUAUAGGAUUCUGCAACCACAAAGAUGAGAAGAUUCUUGUGUACGAACACAUGUCCAAUGGCUCUCUCUAUGAUUACAUAUAUUCCAAGAAUAUAGAAGAUUUGUCAUGGAAGAAAUUGUUAGAAAUAUGCAUUGGAGCAGCAAAAGGACUACCCUAUCUUCACACAGGAACCAAGUGCCCCAUCUUUCACUGUGACAUGAAGCCUCAUAACAUUCUUUUGGACAAGAACAUGGUACCUAAAAUCUCACAUCUUGGAUUUUCCUUGCAGGGGCCACCUUUGAAUUCAAAACCAAAACCAGUAAAAGUUGACAAGGUUAUGGGUUCAGCUGGUUACAUAGCACCUGAGCAUGUCCUAACCAGAAUCUUCACAGAUAAAUGUGAUGUUUAUUCAUUUGGUGUGGUCCUAAUAGAAGUUGUAUCCACUACUUACAAGCACACCAUCUUUGACAAAAUCAUCAUGUUGGAGAGCUCAUCAGAUUUCUCUCUAGAUCCAUUUGAUUUAAUGAAUCCAUUUGUGGAUAUAUCUGAAAUGUUGGAGAGAUUCUCAGUUGAUGAGAUUAUUGAUCCAAUUCUGAUGAGAAAGAUAGCACCAGAAUGUUUGGCAGUAUUCAUAGAUGUCACAAAAAGAUGCUUGAGCAGAGAAGCAAAUGAAAGACCAAAUAUAGGUGAAGUAGAGGUUGAACUGGAGCUAGCACUAGCUUUGCAAGAGGAGGCCGAUGACCGGAAUCAUGGUGGUGGCUGGUGAAUAUAAUUUUCUGUCCACUUUUCUGCAGAAAACCUUUGUAAACAGUACUGCCAAACACACCUUGUCCAAUUAUCAAAGACUCAAAGAAGUUGCAUGUUGCUGAUUGUUUCUCAGCAAAUGAAAAUUGGUGACAAAGUUCUUGU